UGUAGGUUCAUGCAGGUGAUGACAGAGAGCGAGCAUCGUGGAUGUUGUUGGUCCAUGAUCAUGAUUUCCAUCUACCUUCUUCCUUGAACCUCCAGUUAUUGAUAAGCAAUUAUAGGUCCUCAAUAUUCUUAUUGAUCUCCUGCCUUUUGUCGACUGGCAAUGGAGUAGCGUGGUUUGCCAAUUGCCGUAGCGAAUUAAUUAAGUCCGCCUCCUAUUUGCUGAUGCAAUUCCAUUGCAUUAAUCGAGCUUGAAUUUGCAACUUUUAGCUCUAACUUCGUAGUUCGUACUGUUAACUGGGGAUGAUUAAUUCUGGAACGGCGGAUCCUUUUGUUUCCUGAGGAGGUGAGUUAGCAGGGAGAGAGGAAGCGGAAAGAGGAGAUCUCAGGUAAGCGGGGAGCCUGAAGGGUAGGAAGAAAUGAGUUCAGAGUGGAAAGCGACGGUCGUUUUGAUGGUGGUGGCGGUGGUGGCGAUGGCUGCAGCCAGUGGAGGAGUCAGUGAUGAACAGCAGGUGCAGGACUGUAUUACGAUGCUGGUCCCCAAUCUGCAGGGCUGCCUUGAGGCCCUUCAGGACCCCACAAGGAAGCCGUCGACCGAUUGCUGCAAGGGCGUGAGCGAGGUCGUGAGGAACCAGAUGAAGUGCUUGUGCGUCCUCUACAACUCGCCCUCCACCGUCAGUUCCUACGGCCUCAACCUGACCCGGCUUUGGGAGAUCCCGGGCAUCUGCAAAGUCCCCGCUGACGUCUCCCUUUGUAAAACCAGCAGCGUAUCCCCACCUUCCUCCCCUAGGCCGUCCACAGCAUUGUCUCCCCCUUCUCCUGCAUCAUCCACCUUGGCGGCUGCAACUUCAGCACCCCCAUCAAAUUCAAGCCCUACUCCGUUAAAUGAGCAGGGGAAAAGUGCAAACGGAAAGCUUGUGUUUAAACGAAUAGUCAUCUCUUCCUUGAUUGUGAUUCUUGCUACUUGUGUGAUUUGCGGCUUAUACUGCUGGAAGAGAGGGUUUUGUUCCUUUCGGAGAAAGAAGUUGAAGCCAGGCGGAUUUCCGUGGAAGGAAGAAGAGGAGGCCCUAAAACAUCAAGCUUUUAAGAGAGCAGAUGCGAUGGAUGGAACGCUUGACCUCGCUACCGUCAGAUCUGCCACCGAGGAUUUUGCACUGAGAAAUAAGCUUGGCGAGGGAGGAUUCGGUGUAGUUUACAGGGGCCAACUCCCAGAUGAUCGAGAAAUAGCUGUGAAGAGAUUAUCACGGAAUACAGGGAAAGGUUCAAAGCAGUUUAUCAAUGAGGUACAGGCACUCGCUACUCUUCAGCACAGAAAUCUUGUCCGUCUUUUGGGAGGCCUUUUGGAAGGUGAAGAAAAGAUACUCGUCUAUGAGUAUGCAGCCAACGGCAGUCUCGAUAAUUUUCUGUUCGGAGAGGAAAUAAUGCGCAUGCAAUUGGACUGGGCAGCACGGUCUACGCUCAUAAAUGGCAUAGCUAGGGGGCUUUUAUAUCUUCAUGAAGAUUCUUUGCUGAGAAUUGUCCACAGGGAUCUAAAAGCAAGCAAUAUCUUAUUAGAUAAAUACAUGAUUCCCAAGAUCUCAGACUUUGGUAAUGCAAAGAUAUUUGACACAGACCAAACACAAGUAGACACUUUGCAGAUCAUGGGGACUCGAAAGAAAAAGAAGGAUAUAAGAAGGGAUAAAAGCAGAUGGAAAACCUUCAGCCUCCACCCAAGGGUUUCUCCUCAAGAAUGAAGAAAGAAAAGACGGGGCAACAGAUCCUGUCUCUCGUCCUUCUACCAAUUAUGCAUUUACUACAAAGCGAACUUGAGCAUGGUACUAACAACGGAUAUAUGGCACCAGAAUAUCUUCUUGAAGGAAAGGUAUCGGUCAAGAUAGAUGUUUUCAGCUUUGGUGUUUUGCUGCUGGAGAUCAUAAGUGAAAGAAGGAGGUUCUCCUCAAGUCAAGGAGAAACAGACGAAGGUCUACUAAAUUAUGUAUGGAAACUUUGGGGGGAGAACAACGCACAGCAAGUUGUGGAUCAAAUACUGGUAGGAACAUAUGAGGAAAAUGAGGUAUUAAGAUGCAUCCAUAUUGGCCUGCUAUGUAUCCAAUAAGAUGCAUCAAGCAGGCCCAGAAUGUCCAAGGUUGUUGGGAUGCUUGAAAACAGCUCCUUGAUCCUUCCAUCCAUUAUGAACCCUGCUCCUCCUACCUGAAAAAAGCAGAAACAUUCCUUUGGGACAGCAAACGAGCUCAACUAGGUCAGGGAUUAGUUCAGAGUUCGGUUCGUCUGCCUAGCGAAGCUUUGAACGAUUCAUGAGAGGAGGAAGUUGAGAUGGGCAUCUCUUCCGUGCCUUUCAAAAUACGGCUCCUUCUUCUGGUGCAUUCAUCUCUGACCUCCCUUUCUUUUCUUUUUUUGUUUUUUCGCAGUCGUGUUCUUUGUUUAUAAUGGUUCUCAGUGGAAUGUGGGAUGUCUCCAUGUAUACAUAAGUUGUU